AAUUUCUCUGAAUUUCUUCUCUUCUAAUACUGCUAAUUAUUUUGCAGGGCAAUGCUAAAUUUAAAAAACAAAUGUAGACUUUAUUAUUUUUAGGAAUUUGGGUGGCUCAUGUGCUCAGGCCAUCAUCUUGAUUUGAUCUAUCCAGGUCAUUUUAAAAUUUUUGGAAAAACAGAACUGUAGCUCUUCUCUUGUCAAAUUAUUUGGACCCCUGAGGUAGAAUAAUAAGAAUUUUAAAAAUUCUUAAAUUUAAAAAAUUUUAAAAAUUCUAUAAUUACCUAGUCUAUGACAGGUACUUUAUAUAUUAUUCAUUUAUUUGCACAAAAAUUUGAAAGGUAUUACCAUCCCUGUUGUACAAAGGAAUAAACUUUAGACAAAAACAGUAGUAAUGCCCCCAAAGUCACCUACCUGUAAGCAGUGGUUCAGGCCUGGAGCCCUGACCUGCCUCUGACCGGCCCCCUCGCAGAUGAAGGAACUCAGGCCAAAGCACACAGUCACUCUGCCAGAGGAACCAUACUCAGAAGACUCCCAGCUCCCCGCACAUUUUCCUGUUAUUGCUUCAAGGUGGAGAGUUACAUAAUUUCAAUGACAUUACUAUGCGGCAGCCUUCUGUUUUGUUAACCAUGCUGCACGAGGGCGGAGGGGAGAUGAUGAGAGUUAAUGAGCCCGGCCCCAACUAAGGGCGGCAGGAAUGCAGUUCCUCCACCUUGGCCACAGUGUCUUCCCUGCAAUCUGAUAAAACUCAGGUGGGAUCACACAGGAAUGGAUAAAUGUUAACAAUUUUUAUGCUAAGUCUAUGAAAACCAGAUUUCUUAAUCAACCCUCACUUUCGUGCUCCCAACCAACCAUCUCAGCCUACAGACCAAUGUUUUCCCUGCUGCUGCUUUCCACUCUUCCUGCAACUUAGAAAAAUAUUUUCCUGGUAACCAUCUUCCCUGGUUACUCUCUUGGCUGAUUUUCUGCACAAAGAACUGAAAGGCAUUUAUCCCCAAGGGAAGCAUUUAUUUUAGAUUUUACUAAGAAGUCAGUUCACAUUUUUCAACAUUGCCUUCUGUUCUUUGUUUGAAAGAAUGCUCUGGUUUUGUUUCAUUUUCAGCUGAAGACUUAAAUGACACCAACCAAAGCCUACUUAGUUUAGAUUUCCAGACUCUGGGGGUGGAAAAGCAAGCAUGAAGUUUGCAGGCCUGUUCUGUGUUCUUCUGCUUAUCAUUUGUCAAAUGGACUUUGGACAAAAUGACGAAACUCCUAGGAAGCAAAGGAGGAAGACGUAUCACGGAAGACCGAAGAAAAGUUCCUCGCCUCACCACAGGCCCAGGAGACAGCCGAGAACCCGGCAGACGGUGGGGGCGCCGGCAGCAGCACUUCCCACAGCUCACCUGGAGGACAGCAUGGAGAAGUCUGAAUCCUUCGUAAGUUUUCUUGGAGCAGAAUCGAGCUACAAUGUGCUACCAGGAAAGAAGGGGAGCUGUUUGGUAAAUGGGAUGACCAUGUACGACACAGCCGCAUGGUCUCCUGAGCCCUGCACUACCUGCCUCUGUUCAAAAGGGAGAGUUCUGUGUGACGAGACCACGUGCCCUCCCCUGGCCUGUCCCCAGACAAUGACACCCGAGGGAGAAUGCUGCCCAGUCUGCUCUGAUACCGCAGCCUCCUCGCUACUCAGUGGUGCAGCAUUAAAUGACAAAACUGAAUGUUCUGGUGACUCUUCAGAACAAAGAGAACCGACUAAUUUGCUUCAUCAGCAACGGCCACCUCCUCGGGUGGAAGUGGAUGGAGCACUGAGAAAAGAGGAGCUUCACUCUGAGGAGGCUGAAGAAAUGGAAGAAAAUGAAGACAAGGAACAAAAGAAAAAGAUGCCAGGACCUGGAGCCGUGGGAAGACUUCCUGCCGAGGGCCAGGGCAGAGAGGGGGCCGAGCAGGGACCUGCAGAGGAGCACCCGGCCCCGCACCCGGCCCCCCGCCCUCCCCGGGGCAGGCCGCCUCUGCCCAGCGGGUGCUCUUUGUCCUACAGGACCAUCAGCUGCAAGGGCGCUGGCCUCACACAGAUACCACCGCUAACAGCACCCAGGGUAACAAGGCUGGAGCUCGCUGGCAAUUCCAUCACCUCCAUUCCAGAUGAAGCAUUUAAUGGAUUACCGAAUUUGGAAAGGCUUGAUUUGAGCAAAAAUAAUAUCAGCUCUUCAGGCAUAGGUCCAAAAGCAUUCAAGCUCCUGAAGAAGCUAGUGCAGCUGAAUAUGGACAGAAACAACCUGGGGGAGAUCCCUUCAGAGCUACCACCUACUCUGGAAGAGCUUAGAGUCAGCGAGAACCACCUCCGGGCCAUCGAUGAAGCAAGUUUAUCAGGAUUAAGUCGGUUGGUUACCUUAGAACUGGAAGGAAACAAUCUCAGUGAGACCAAUGUCAAUCCUUUAGCUUUCAAACCUUUGAAGAGCCUAUCCUACCUGCGUUUGGGACAAAAUAAAUUUAGAAUUAUACCACAGGGUCUUCCUGCUUCUAUUGAGGAAUUAUACCUAGAAAAUAACCAAAUUGAAGAGAUAACUGAAAUUUGUUUCAAUCAUACCAGAAAUAUCAAUGUCAUUGUACUAUGUUACAAUAAAAUUGAAGAAAAUAGGAUUGCACCUUUAGCCUGGAUAAACCAAGAAAACCUAGAAUCCAUCGACCUUUCCUACAACCAGCUCUACCAGGUCCCCUCCUACCUCCCCAAGUCGCUGCUGCACCUCGUGCUCCUGGGGAACAGGAUUGAGCGCAUCCCUGGCUACGUGUUUGGCCACAUGGAGCCGGGCCUGGAAUACUUGUACCUAUCAUUCAACAAACUCUCUGAUGACGGCGUGGACCGAGUCUCCUUCUAUGGGGCAUACCACUCUCUAAGAGAGCUGUUUCUGGAUCACAAUGACCUACAAUCUAUACCACCAGGGGUGCAAGAAAUGAAAGUAUUACAUUUUCUGAGGUUGAACAACAACAAGAUACGGAAUAUUCUCCCAGAACAAAUCUGCAAUGCUGAAGAAGAGGAUGACUCAGCACUGGAACAUCUUCAUCUUGAAAACAAUUACAUCAAAACAAGAGAAGUAUCACCCUACGCAUUUUCAUGCAUAAGAUCAUACUCAAGCGUUGUUCUUAAACCACAGAAUAUCACAUAAUUCCACAUUUAUAACUGUAUAAAUACAAUUAUAAACUGUAUUUAUAUAUUUGUUGUAGUAGCAUUUAUCAUGAAUAAGAGAGACAUCAUGCCAUGUUACAUUCAGUAGCAUUAUGCUAGUCCACAUGAUUCACUGAUUCAGAGAUGAGCAACCAAAAAUAUAUCUAGAAGGUUUAGUUUCCUAGCACAUUUAGCAAAGGUUUCAGUUUCACACUCUAGAAAGAAGCCAUCUCACUGCACAGUUUUUCUCAUGGGAAUAGCAUGCCAUGCACUGCUGAGCUAGACUGGGAGGAUCUGGAACAAAACAAGCAUGUCCUUUACAACCAACCUGUGAAUACUGCUAUUAGCUGGGGACAUCUGAAGUCCAUUUACAAUUAUGUAUGCUAUGGUACAAGACCAAGAAGUGAACGGUAGGAAAAAACUACAGGUGGAAUUUAUGAAUAAGUGUUCUGUUUAUUAUUCUAAAGUUAAAACAGUAAUAUAUUAACUUUCUUUAAGACCCUAUGCAACAAUUAUUGGUAUAAAUACACUUAAUUAUUGAGUUAGCUUUAGUUCCUUCUAUUAAUUACAUGUGUGAAAUUAAAACACUACUGUAAUGUAAUUCCCUGGUGUUGAGAAUUGUACUAUGGUACUGAUGUGAUUAUUAAUAUCAGGGGAAGCUGGGAUAAGGAUACACAUGAAUUCCAUACUGUUUUGAAAGUUUUCUGUAAAUCUAAAAAGUGUAACAGUAUAUUAAGAUCACCCUUGUUAUUCUUUAUUCAAGAUCAAAAGAUUUUAUGGAAAGCAGUGGAGUUUGCUUAAAACAUAGUUAAUUAUCCUUGACUACACCCUUACAAAUGUAAACCUGACUCAUGAGUUUUUGAAAAUUUUUGCUUUACCAGUCAUUUUUAGAACCUAUCUUCUUUCCCCUAAUUUUCCUCAAGUGUAUGUACCCUUUUACUCAGUUCAAAAAAAAGGUAUUAAUAUUCACUAUAUACUGGACACUAUCAAAAGCAUAAUUAAAAUUUUCACUAUGCAAUGA